AAGCUUUACAAACAAUCAUGUCCGGUGUCAUUUUACGAUCAGCGCGAAGAUGCCUUCGAGGGUUUCAAAGGCCAGCGGUGCAGCUUUGUCGGAGCCAACAUGAUGAUUUAGUGAUGGACUAUAAAAAGACAGAAAUUAGUGUACAGAUGUUAAGUCAAGAGGAGGAUUGGUUGAUGUAUGUAGAAUCAUACAGUCAGCUGGGCUUCAGGCUUAACACGGGUGUCAGGAUCAUAGGGCCCUGUGCUGUCUUCCCUAAGUCCAUCCUACACUGGAAUGUCAAAGGGGCAGAAGACAUUCAUGAAUCUUCUUUAUGUCUCUUUACUUUAUUAGAACCCAAACUCGAUAUUCUCAUUAUUGGAAAAGGAGACCGAUCGUCCUCUGUCAGUCCUAAAUUAUACACCUACUUACGCUCAAAGAAAAUUAAUGUGGAGAUUUUACCUACAGAUCAAGCUUUGGCGACAUUCAAUUUUCUGAAUUCUGAGAGACGAUACGUUGCUGGUGCCUUUAUUCCUCCCGAGUACACACACACUUUUAGAGAUGAGGAUGCUGGUAUGGGAGAAGUAUUAGAAAGAGUAAAUAUUUAUGAAGCCAAAACAGACUAUCACGUUCCACAUCACAGUGUUGAUGACCUGGAGGGAUGGAAAGAAGAAUAUGAAAAAGCCAAGCAGAACGUUGCGACAUCUUUCUCAGGCGCUAAAAUACGCCAAUCAGAUAAGGCGGACAGUGAUUCGUCUGAAAAGGAUGCCACAUCUAAGAAGGAUAAAACAGGCAAUCUGGAAAAGCCCUAGCUUUAUACCUUGUGGAAGACAGUUACAUGAAUUUACUUGUGGCAGAGAAUGGACAGCUGACAAAGGAAGAGCAUAUGUUUGCUAGUAACAUGUGGGGAAAUAAUAUUACUUUAAGGAUAAUGACUGCUGAAUGUUCUCAAGUCAUGUUCGUCAACCGAGUGACUUUGUGGUUGAUUUAUUAUCAUAGUAGUAAAAUCUUAAUACAUUGCGCAUAUCUUCAAGUCUAAUAUUGCUGCUUAUGACUGUUAAAGAAGAGACAGCAACGCUCGUAUUAUGUCUACAUUCUUUUGCAGUAGGAUUACAGAGACCAUUUUUCUAUUGCAAAUGUCAUUCUCAAAAUGGUACCUGCUUUUAAAAUGGUUUUAAUUACAGGUAGAAGUUCUGAGAAAUACAUAUAUCUUCAUCUUUUUUUUAUUUAGACAUAUUUAUGCAUAGACACAUGGUUGACUACAUAUAAUAUUGUGUUACUAAAAGUUAGCUUAGGCAAAAGUGGGUCAGUGUCUGUGGAAAUUGACUAAUUGCUUUCAUCACUGUCUUACCCCAAAAUUUUGAGAUCAAUUUACUGAAUGUAGUGCGGUAUGAAUGACAUUAUUGGAUUCCUGCAUUGAUAGUCAUACAUUAGCUCCAUUCAAAUACAAAAUUGGUGAGGGAGUGGAUGGUGGCUUUGAGAUGCUUGUCUUUCAAUCGCUAGGACACACAAAUUACAAAUUCAAUCAGGGAGAUUGUAGAUUCCCCUGCUUGUCAGGCCAUUGGAACAGUCUUCCACCAAUGUGGUGUGCAUGUCUAUAGGUCAUGUGUGAGAGUUUGUCAGUGACUUGCCAUGAUUUGGUGGUUUACCCCGGUUUCCUUUGCCAUUAAACUGAUCGCUAUCAUACAAGUAUAAAAUUCUUGAGUAUGGCGUUAAACAACAAUCAGACAAAUUAAUCUUUAAAAAUCAGAGAUACUUAAUACGGCAUUUGGAGUCAUUCUAGAUCAGUGACAUUUAAAAUAUAGCAAUUAUUUAAAACAUUUCUGCAUAUUUGGUUUAUCUAAUUCUGCUUCAGCCAUGGUACAAAGGGGCAUGUUACCUUGAACUUUUUAAGAAUUUACAUGAAUUGUUAGAAUAAAAUCCCCAAAUAAUAAAGACAAAUUGACGAGAUCUUAUUUCACCAGUUAUAUGCGACCUAAAGUUUGCCAACUAUCACUUCAUCGUCGCUGCUCUAGUUUUGCGCUCUGUGCUGUAAUCUUUUAUCUUCUGGAUAGGCUUAAUAGUUUUUAAUGAUCUGUAUCCUUGUUAAUCAGAAAGGCAAUGUUUACUGAGCUUUGCUGUACCACAUCCAUCU